GUAGUCUAUGACGACAAAGGAAGUCAUCAUAAAAACUUGUGCCUCUAACACGGCCGUUUUUAGUUUCAUUUGUGUGCAGUUAGCCUUGGAGAACCGGCCUGACCCUCCCAGCUGAAUACAGCAGUGGGCCAUAGCUUACAGGAACGUUACUGCACUGUACGAGAUAAGAGAGUCAAGUCAAAUUUAGUCAAUGAAGAGGAGGGCAAGGAGGGGGAGGAGGAAAAUGGAUCAGUCAGCAAAUAGGCCAGAUGGUCAAGAUUGUCCAGAUCUGCCUGUUGCUGUUAUUGAGGAGAUCAUUCUGAACCUCCCUGCUGACCAGGCUCUGCGUGUGUGCCGCCUGGUGUGUCGCGAGUGGAAGGUGGUGGUGGACAGCGCUUCAUUCUGGAGAGAGAAGUGCCGCAGAGAAGGGCUGAAACCCCGCUGCAUCACCACGGAGCUCUGGGACUGGAAGACCUUCUACUUUCUUUUUAAGGAGGCUCGCAACCUUCUGAAGAAUCCCAGCGCAGACGAGAGUUUCAGUGGCUGGGAGAUCAUACAAAAUGGAGGUGACGGGUGGACCAUUGAGCGCAUAUUUGCACCUCACCCAGAUAACACAGUAACAAAAUGCUUUGUUACUUCUUACCAUUCAUGCCUGAAAUGUCAGCUGAUUGAUCUGGAGAAGGAAGGUUACAGUCCUGCGUUCCUUGAUGAAAUGCAGCCUGACAUUGUGAUUUCAGAUUGGUAUGCCCCACGGCGUGACUGUGGAAGCAAAUAUGACAUUUGCGUUGAACUGCUGAAUCAAAACCAGGAGGCAAUCCAAACCUUUCAACCAGAGAGUGUCUUCUUUCCACAGUGGAAUGAUCAGCAAUGGAAAGAGAUGAAACAUGUCUUUAAAAACUACGGACGAGGAGUUCGCUUCAUCCGUUUCACUCAUGGAGGUCAGGACACAAAGUGCUGGGCAGGCUACUAUGGAAUACGGGUCACCAGCAGCAGUGUUAAAGUGUGCCUAACAGCAGGGUGA